AUGUAUAACUUGUCCAAAAAUCUACUACUGUAUUCUACAUCUGUAUCAACCUACAACCGGGAAUCCAAUUUGAUACUGCAAUCCUCAUUCAAACUCUUCCCAGAACACGGCAUGGACAACAAACGCAAGACGAUCCGUUACGAAUUGGGUGGAGAUGAACAUUACCUCGCGCCAGAAUCGAACAAUGCCCUCCAGGGACCAGCAAGUAUAGAACUGGCUGGAGACGAGCAGCAUUAUCUCAAGCCGGAAUCGAACAAUGUCAUUCGAAGAGCUGCAAGUACAGGCGAGCUAAGUUACCAGAAUAACGCAGACGAGCAGCAAUGGACGAAUUCCACGGCAACACCCGACACAUCUUCAACCUCGAGCAAGCUCUGGACAGGCAGCACAACAAUACGAGACGAUGAUGGCCGUGUCGAAAUCGACUGCGACUCAAAGCUGGCGCGUGCAAUCAGCUUGAUGUACCGAGCCAACAAAGACCAAGAAGCAGGAAGUCGUCCUCCAAGAACACCAUCCUUCGAGCCAUCUCUGCCACCGUACGAACGGGUGCAAGGCACACGCGGCUACAAAGACCCAACAAGCCUUAAUGUCUUGAUACAAGUUGUCGGUAGCCGAGGAGACGUCCAGCCAUUCGUUGCACUGGGUGCCGAACUCAAGCGGCGCGGUCACCGGGUGCGACUGGCCACCCACGAUCUCUUCGACAAGUUUGUCAGGGAGGCAGGGCUAGAGCACUAUCCUAUAGGCGGCGAUCCCGCUGCUCUGAUGGCUUAUAUGGUUAAAAACCCAGGCCUCAUCCCUAGCAUGAAAAGCCUGAAAGCAGGGGAAAUUCAGCAGAAGCGCGAAAUGGUCGAGGAGAUGAUCGAAGGCUUUUGGGAAGCGUGUAUCCGUCCAGACACCGUAACAGGCGAGCCGUUUGUCGCAGAUGCCAUCAUCUCGAACCCACCCAGUUUUGCUCACGUACACUGCGCACAGGCAUUGGGUAUCCCAGUACAUCUGAUGUUCACCAUGCCGUGGACCAGCACGACGGCCUUUCCACACCCGCUGGCAAAUCUGAAAAAUGCUGGGAGUGACCAUGCCAUGGCAAACUACAUUUCGUACGGCGUGGUCGAGCAUAUGACAUGGCAAGGACUCGGUGACAUUGUGAACAAGUGGCGUGAAAGACUUGAUUUAGAACAUGUAGCCAUGUUUGAUGGUCCCAUGCUUGCCGAAACGUUAAAAAUACCGUUUACGUAUUGCUGGUCUCCCGCUCUCGUUCCAAAGCCCAAAGACUGGGCGUCACACAUUGACGUCUGCGGCUUCUUCUUCCGCGAUACGCCUCAAUACACCCCACCAGAUGAUUUGGCACAAUUCCUUGCGGCCGGGCCCCCGCCGGUUUACAUAGGCUUCGGCAGCAUUGUGCUAGAUGACCCUCAGCGCGUGAUCAACACGAUUCUUAGCUCCGUGGAAGCUGCCGGCGUUCGAGCCAUCAUCUCCAAAGGCUGGUCAGACUUGGCAGGCUCGGGGAGCGAGUCUGUCUACUGGAUUGGAGACUGCCCUCACGAAUGGCUCUUCCAGCACGUGGCGGCCGUAGUACAUCAUGGAGGCGCAGGUACAACUGCUUGUGGGUUGAGAAACGGGAAGCCUACAACAAUUGUUCCCUUUUUCGGAGACCAGCCAUUCUGGGGUGACAUGGUUGCUAACGCAGGAGCGGGCCCGAAACCAAUUCCUCAGAAACAGUUGAAUCCCGAGAACCUCACUGCCGCUAUUAGAUACUGCCUCUCGCCUAAAGCUGUCGCUGCGGCACAGCAGAUUGCCGCGCAAAUGGAAGCCGAGCAAGGUGUUCGAGCCGCCGCGGAUUCAUGGUGGAGACAACUACCCCUGAAUCGCAUGCAGUGCGAUCUUAUACCCAGCCAGGCUGCUGCAUGGAACUAUAGCAAACUUAAAAAGCCGCUAAAGCUGUCCAAAAUGGCGGCAGAAAUCCUUCUAUCACACGAUGCACUGCAACUUAAACAUCUUUCAGGGUACCAAACCAAUCCCAUUACUAUCGAUGUGACUCGCUGGGAUCCCCUAUCCGGAGGAGCUUCCGCUGUCAUGGCCACGGCAGUUGACAUGACAGGGUCCAUCACGGGUAUGGUUACAAAGCCUAUAGACGAGUAUAAAGAAGAAACGCGACGCCGAGCUCGGCAGCUAGAAAAACAGCAGCAACGCAGUGGAAGCUCUAAUUCAAGAGAUGCCUCAGUUGAUGGCCGCAGUUCAGUCAUCUCGACUGGUAGCGCCAAUAGCAAGACAAAACAUCCAUCUAUGGCUGGUAAGGUAGCUGGCGCUUCGGCAAAAAGUAUUGGAAAACUGGGACCGACUGCGGCCAAGGGCAUGCUGGUUGACAUACCCCUCGCCAUUACGGAGGGCAUGAGGGCUGUUCCAAAGCACUUUGGGACUGAGGUCCGGGACCAUGGUCGGGUUACCAAUGCCAAGAGCGGCGCCGUCGUGGCUGGCAAGACUUUUGCAUGGGGAUUCGUGGAUGGCCUCAGUGACCUGGUCAUGGAGCCGGUCAGAGGUGCUAACAAUGAAGGGGCUCUUGGGGCUUUCAAGGGCCUGGGGAAGGGGGCUGCAAGCUUGGUGACCAAGAGUGGUGCAGGCAUGUUUGGGUUAUUCGCAUAUCCAAGUGCCGGUAUCGCGAAAAGUCUGAGGUCGGCAGUUCAUAGCGGGACUCGAAAGGCAAUAGCCAAAGAGAAACACGUGGAGGGGCAGUGGCUCAUCAACAGCGACGCGGCCACGGAUGUAGACUCGGGCGAGAUCCUUGCUGCCUUCAACCGGCUGCGCGGACUCAAGUAG